GUCAGAGAACAGAAAACUCAGUUUAGGUGGAGCUGAACGGUUACUAUCAACCAAAGCAGACCGGACUGAAAGAUGCGCACUUACCGUGUACUUCCACACUUAUUUGUUGCUCUUCUCUUCUGUGAUUAUGGGAUGUUCUCCACGCCAUCACCAUCUCCUUCAGGGAUGCCCACUAAUGCAGUAUUAAACAUAUCUGACUCUAACACUACUGUGACGACAACUAAAUCUAUAACAGUUGGGAAUGGCUCGAGCACGGUAGAAUCUGGCUCAGGGAGAAAUCAGCCAAAUGAUUUCAAUGGUACGACUGAGAGCAGUAGAGAACAUUCUGUCACUGAAUCUCAAAGGGUUAACGGAAGCACCAGCGCAGCGAUCUCCUCAACAGCACGUCCAGAGAGCACCACACAUGACGUGAAGCACCAUACUACUCCAGAGAAAAAAGAUUCAACAACGGGUACAGGAGGAAUGAAAGCAGAAGAUUCAACAGUAACAGGAGGUGUCAUCAUUUUGGUCCUCUUCUUGCUCAUGAUUGGUUCCCUGCUUGGCCUUUUGUAUUAUUUGAGAAAGAAAACAAGGAGUUACUCAUUUGAUCUGACUCGUGUGGACGUAGCUGCCAAUGAUUACGUUGACACCCCGCUCAGAAACGACCAACAAGGCAUAAGCUAUGAACAAACUAACAAAGAUCUGUCUGUGUGUGCGGACUACGUACAAGAGGACAAGUCAGAGGAGAAGACUGAUCCCAAAGCAAAUGGGUCUUGUGGAGAGAAAACUGAAGAAGCAUCCACUAAUGACAACGAUUAUCAGAAUGUUCCAGAAGAAAAUAGUUUCUCUUCAAACUCGAGCUUGUCUCCACCAAUGAAGGACGAGGAUUUUAACCUGUGCCUGAAUCUGCUCGGAGGCGAAUCUGAUUUAAACGAUUUGACCGAAGCUGAAGCCACCGAUACGACGCAAAACGAAAACAACAAUAAUUUCAGCAAUGCCGGGCAGGGAGCAGCAGAAGAUAUCUUCACUGAAAUCAGUCUAGAUGAGCCAAACUAACAUGCAUAGUGUGUGUUUCCAAUGCAGCAGUCAAGAUCUCCGGUGUCUGGUGUCUAGAUUCAAACUAAAUCUGUUCAAGAUGCCUUGAUCCGGACUCUAUGAGUGCAAAAGCAUCCUUCAAGUUCUGUUCAUCUACUGUUAAAGGAGACUGUAUACUGUACAUAAAAAAAUAACAUUGAAUCAUUGGUUGAAGUUUAUGUAAAAAAUCUAAUGCUUUAUAAAAUAAUUUGUGGCUAUAUUAAAGUUAAUAAAAUAGACCGCUGUUAUCCUCAACCAUCUCCUAUAUUGGUCAAUAAACAGUAAUCCCAUAA